AUGUGUCUUCGACUGUUAGGACAGGCUCCUACUGAUCUUGGUGGCGGCGUCAUCCGGAUUACUUGGCUCAGGGAGACUUUCGAUGAGCUACCGCUUUCUGUAUCACCAGAGACGACAGAGCAGUUUGCUAGAGCGUAUGCGCUGUCUCUGAUGGGAGGUGUCUUGUUCUCCGAUCGGUCUGGAGGUUCAAAUCACCUGCAGUAUCUACUUUUGGUAGAGGAUUGGCGUAGAGCGGGGAGGUUUGCUUGGGGAUCAGCUGUGCUAUCCUACUUGUACCGUGAGAUGGGUAGAUCGGCACUGCAGAUGACGCCAUCUUCUUCACUGGGUGGUGACUUUGGUGGAUGGUCCGCCUUGCUGAUGAUCUGGACGUGGGAGCGGUUUCCUCAUACAUCACCACUACAUGCGGUGACGGGUGCGCAGAUUACUCAGGACGCAGUGCCACGUGGCCUUCGGUGGCUUCCGGCCCACACCCGUCAGCAUGGAGAUCAGUUCUACUUGUACAAGUUGUGGUUUGACGAGUGCACGACAUUCGUGGUUAGUAUAUAA